AUGGAAGACGUGCUAUCACAAGCCUGGGCGCAAGUGAAGUGGGAGGAGGAUGUAGCUGCUCGCGCCAAAGCUCAACCCAAGCAAGAGCAUAGGUCCACCCGAUCAGACCGAGGGGACCGAGACGAGAGAUCCUCCCAGAAGGGAUCCAAAGACUCCGGAAGCAGAAACCGGGGCAGGUUCCAAUACCGACCCAUGGAGAAAGAAGAAGGGAUGGCUGUGGCAACAUGGCCCGACAUUUCGCAUCUCUCCAUAUCUACACCGGAGCUCAUCAACACGCUAAGGCUGCGUCAACAAGUCAAGUGGCCCCAGAAGAUGAAAGCACCUGAUUCGCACAGGAACCAUGCGCUAUGGUGCGACUUCCAUCGCGAUCAUGGGCACAAGACAGAGUAUUGCGUCGCCUUGAGAAUCGAGGUCAACGAACUGCUUCAAAAGGGGCAUCUCCGGGAGUUCCUAUCAGAGAAAGCCAAGGCUCACUUCAGCAAGGAGACAUCGGGGAAACCAAAAGGAGACGCACCUAGCUCUCCACCUCGUCAAGACCGGGUGAUUCAUGUCAUAUCCGGAGGCUCAGAAAUAAGAGGUAUCAGCCAUGCAGCUGCUAAGAAGAGCACCCGCAAUGCUAAAUAUGGCCUGGAGACUGCUCAACCUAAACGGCUACUCCUAGGCACCGACGAGAUAAGCUUCACAGCGAAAAAGCAAGAGAGGAUCCUAGCUCCCCAUCAUGAUGCUCUAGUCGUCUCUCUCACCGUAGCAAACUGCCUGGUGAAGAGGAUAUUGAUAGACAAUGGCUCCUCCAGCAACAUCAUCUUCCUGACGGCGUACCAGGACCUAGGGCUGGAGGACAAUACCCUGACGCGCAAGGUAACCCCACUCAUCGUAUUCAGCGGCGAAGUCAAGCAAACCGCUGGAGAAGUCACUCAACCAGUAUACGCUGAGGGGAUCAACCUGUCUACCAAGUUCCUAGUCGUAGACUACCAAUCCGCAUACAACAUGAUCCUAGGACGACCCUGGAUCCACGACAUGGGAGCUGUUCCUUCAACUCUCCACCAGAUAGUGAAAUUUCCUACACCUUGGGGCAUCCGAGCAAUUAAAGGAGAUCAGGAGAACUCUCAAUCUUGCUACCAGACUACCCUGAAGGGGAAGACGAAGGUCUUAUAG